GAGAACCUUUAUAUAGAAGACUUAGGGGACCUAAUCAAUGGCCUGAUGAGAAAUACGUCCCUGGUUUCAAAGAAACCUUAUUGGAAUAUAUUAAAGGGAUGUCUGAUUUUUCUUUAGAAUUUAUGCAAUUAAUAGCAUUGAGUUUAGGUCUUCCUUCCGACUCUUUAUAUAAGUUUCUGGAUCCUCCUAAUAAACAGAUGAAUCGUUUAAAGAUUGUUAAAUAUCCUCCAUUAAAUGCAUUGGCUUUAGGCCCAGAUGAUAUUGCACAAGGCGUUGGACCUCAUAAAGAUGCUUGGCUAACAUUUCUCUUUCAAGUUAAUGAUGUAUGGGGUUUACAAGUUCAAAACCACAAAGGUGUUUGGAUAGAUGUUCCACCACUUGAAGGAACAUUUGUAGUGAAUAUUGGGUUAGGAAUUGAGGCUGUUACUAGAGGGGUAGCUGUGGCCACAACUCAUAGGGUUCUCAAUCCACCUCCUGGUUCAAUCCCAAGACUAAGCAUACCUUUCUUUCAAACGAUAUCUUAUGAUGCAAUACUUGAACCGUUGGAUGUUCCGGAAGAUAUAAUUCGUCAGGCAUCAAUAUCUGUUGUAUCUGAUGCUGAUGUAGUUUAUAAGGAGCGUUUUUAUAAAAAUGCUGGCAAUGCGCAACUUCUGAAUCGCAUUAGAUUGGAAGAAAACUCUCGUAAUAGCUGUGAAGAAACUUUACAGUUACUGCAUACAGAAUUUUCUUAUAACAUUAAAGUCAAUCGUGAAGGUUCUUCACGACUAACAUUCGUUGCAUUGACAGUCAUUACUAUAGAU